UUUAUCAUCUUAUACAUGAUUGCAGAUGUAAUCAAGAGUCCUGAGUUUACUCCAGUUAUCCGAGAAAUCGAAGGAACUUCUCGAAAUGAUCUCGCAGAUAAAGAUGUCCUGAAAAUCGCUGAAAAGCUUUCAAUAGACGACUAUUAUGACCUGGGAGUUGCACUUGGUUUCCAAAUUCCACAACUGGAUGCGAUAGAGUAUAAGAGGCUCAAAGACAGACAAGAGGCCAUCUACGAAAUGUUGAUUACAUGGAAACAGAGUCAACGGCCAAGUCAAAACGUGAAGGAAGUGCUUCUUUCACUCCUGAAGUCUGCAGAAACAGAGGCAGAAAUGACGAAAAUGACAGGUCACCGUACUUCAGAUAAUACUUUAACCGGUGACAUUUCUGACCAAGACUUGCUUAAAUUGGCUCGACAUAUCAAGUGGACAGACUUCAUGGAGAUUGGCACAAAGCUUGGACUCAGGCGGAAUAAGCUUGAGAACAUCAAACACAAGACAUUGCAGAAUCGCAAAGACGCUAACAUCCAAAUGCUCUGCAUGUGGAAGGCAUCUAAAAGACCAGGUCCUGAAGUGACUAAGACGUUGAAGUGCAUUUGGGAGUCUGUCUCAUUGGCAUCAACGGCUGAGAAUUCAGGCAAUUGUUCUUCUUCAUUGUUAAUCAAUAAUAGCUCUAUUACUUGUAUAUGUUGAAUAUUAUAUAA